UCCUCUGUCAGUUUUAUUUCGGGGGUUUUCCUACUUCCGAGACCGAGUGUUUCCUGUCUGCGUGCAACUCUUCCUAUCUGUAAAUCGAUCCUCAUCCUCGUCAAGAUAUGGCCACUUCCACACCGAAUGUCAACGCACGGUGUCAGUCGCGCGGCUCCGCAUUUGUGACCGGCGCUGCCGGUAUUGUAAGGAAAAACCCCCCCUCCCCAUGUUUGUGUUGCUGUAUUUGAGUACACAAAUCGACUUGUAUUGCUCGAAGGCCAAGAGACGCAGUUGCCCCCUCGUUUGUUGGUAAUUUGUCAUUCUGUUUCCCGUUUCCAGUUGCUUCCUGUCAUGCUGAAGACGCUAGGCUUUCCUACGCCAGCCAGCACUACAGUACGCAUCUCUUUCCCCUCUAGCAUGACAAAAGGAUUUGUGGUCGCAAAUCAUGCUACACAAAUCUCCGGUUUAGUAUGGGGAGGGGGGAUUUUUCCUUUUGAUAGCCGGCCGUGCGACCCAGAUGGUGCCGAUGAUGACCCGGCCGACGAUAUCAUAUGUAAAAGCGUUCCCACCCCAUAGUCAAGUUGGGAACUUGGCAACACAAAUCCAGAAGUUUUGGGAGCCAUGCAUGACAAGUUGCCGUCCGUAUUGUAGUGCAGGUUAGCAACGGAAACCGCAUCACAAAUCCAUCUGCUCAUCCUGUUUUCAGCAUUACAAAUAUCAAAACACGAUUCAAAAUGCCUCUCUUGGGUCUGCGCAUUACAAAUGUUCCUGCAGUCGCAAAUCUGCAUGACAAGGACAACUCUGGGGUGGGGACGUUUUUACUCAGGAUAGACGAUGCUGCUGCAGCCCAGUGGCCACGCUCAAGAAGAGCACGACCGAUUGCAAGACAUAGCCGAGAGCGAGAUCGACGGAAUAAACGAGAACGCGGUCGCUUCUUCUAGCGGAGGAGACAACAUGGUCGACGUGUAUCAUCAAGCACAGCACUCCGCCGGAGGUGUGAAUCGAAUUCGAAACAGUGUCGUUGAGCAGGUUGGAAUCAGUGAUUCGGACGCCCAGGUGGACGAGAGUUCCAGCGAUGAGGACUCUGACGAAGACGACUCUAGCAGUGGCAGCGGGACGUCAUCCGACUCGGAAGAGGGGGAAGCUGAGGAACAGAACGCUAAUUGUAUCGGCGCAGAAGUAAAAAACCUAAACCUCCAUAACCAGCCGGACGACCAUGAUCAGCACGAAAAAAUUUACGAACAUAUUCACGCCGGCGCAAACACCCCGGAGCACAACGAGCGGCCCCGGAGCGCCAGUCCGCCGCCGGAGCGGACGCCGUAUGGAUUGCAAAUAUGUCUGGGUCUGGAAGAUUCUGGGACUUGUCAUGCACAUUUUGCACGAGGCGGGAUGUCUGUGAUGCAUGCCCUAGCAUCUCAGUUUUUUUGAGGGCUUCUUGAUGCCUAUGACGCAUGACAAAUACCCUCUCCGCGUAGAAAAAAUUACGUUCCCUUUGCUGCUCAUGCAAUGCAGAUUUUUUUGGAAUCCCAAUGCAGCAUCACAAGUUGCAAUCUCCCAGACCUAGACAUAUUUGCAAUCCAUACACCGGACUGUCCCACGAUUCUCGCGGCCGCUCAAGAGGAGAUCGACCGCGAAAUGGCGGUAUCAAAUGCAAAUAUGUCUGGGUCUGGAAAAGCGGAGCUUGUGUUGCGUGUCUACCAUUCCUGAAAAAUUUGUGUUGCAUAACCAGCAAAAGCGUUGCAUUUUUGUCAUGCAAAGACGCAGUUUGUCUUUGUCAUGCGUGCUACGCAUCAGACGGCGUCAAAUAAACUUGUCAUGCUUGGCUGCACUUGAAAGCACCAGGUUUAUCCAUACUUUAGCAUCACAAGUUCUUUCCAGACCCAGACAUAGUUGGAUUUGAUAGGCGGCCGUCGAGCAGGAGGUCGCCGCUCUGGUCGACCAGGAGUUUCUGAUGCGGGAGACGGAUAUCAAAUGUAAAAGUGUCUGGGUCUGGAAGAAUGCAACUUGUGAUGCUGCAUUUGGAUUCCAGAAAAAUCUGUAUUGCAUGAGUACCAAAAGGAAUGUAAUUGUUGCUACGCGGAGAGGGCAUUUGUCAUGCGGAAUAGGCAUCAAGAAGCUCUCAAAAAAUCUGUGAUGCUAGGGCAUGCAUCACAGACAUCAGGGCUCAUGCAUAACGUGCAUGACAAGUGUCAGAAUCUUCCAGACCCAGACAUUUUUACAUUUGAUAACGGAGCAGAAACUCGAAUCGCCGCCGGAGCUGCAACCGCAGGUCCUUCUGGAGCCGCAGGUGUUGGGUGAGGGGCUGAUGAUCUUGGCCGAAAGUGGAACGGCGCAGCAGGACGGUGGAGGUGGGAACAAUAUUAAAACUGCGGGUUCUAGUACUACUGCUGCAGGAGACGAGACUAGAGCUAAUGGCGCAGCAGGAGCCUCAGCGGCAGCGAACGCUGCAACGAACCAUUUGUCGACGAUCAUGGAGACCAGCAGGUUAUCGCAGUCCGAGAGCGGAACACCGGCUAGCAGCACCGUGAAGGCGCUGGCCGCCCGGUUCGAGGCCCGAAACCCGCAGACCACCGCCCUGGUGCGCGGACCGUCUUCAACUGCGUCGGGCGUUUCGGCGGCUACGGUGGGUGCGAGUGAGGCAGGGAUGAACAAUAAUGCCAGAGGUCCUCCUCGUGGGGCUGCAGCAAUUAUCCAGCCGCACUCGAAACCGGGAGCCACGAUUCCCAAUACCAGCGACGUGAGUAUGGCGUUCUCAGCUGUUACAUUCUCAAGUCUUACAUGAAUUUGUGACGCUAGAAUGGUAACAGUCAAAGGGGCAAGGUUUCUGCUUUCGCAUCACAGCUUUGGCACAGAUUUCGAUGCUGUUUAGCCUCUCGGAGAUUUGUCAUGCGAAGCAGCUUGAUCAUCUCGCGGCCUAAGGUAGUCUUGCAUGGCAAACUUAUGUGACAGUUGAAAAUGUAACAUUUGAGAACUCCAUAGUGAAGACGCCGGUGGUUCCGCCGCGCACCGUCGGAGGCCGGGCGACCACGCCGGAGGUGAAGGGGCGAAAGCCCAGUCCCAGCAUUCGCACGCUGACGAACUUCUUUGGUAGAGAGAAGGACUCGCCACUCACGAGCGGCCGCAAGGUGGAGCCGAGUACGAGUGCGGCAACGGCGCCUGUGGCAGUGCAGGACGAAGAACAGCUGGGGGGAGGUCAGAUCGCGACAAGCAGCUUGUCCUUUGAGCAGCGGCAUAAAGCCGGAACAAACAACUUGGGAGCAGGUGGCGGGGGUGUGAGUCAGCACUCGACUGCUCAGCAAGGUCGGCCGGGGGAGGAGAACCACAACCGCUUACAAGAAGAGCAUCAAAUCAAUGGAGCUCCUGCGCCGGCAUCAAAGCACCAAGCUGAGAUCAACAACGGCACUACUACCGACGGUAGAUUUGUUGCUAGGCAUGCUGGUCCUUUGUUAAACAGCCGGCCCGCGAACAACAAUCGGACUAUGAAUUUUCCGAAUUUUUUGCUCUCGCCGCGAACUUUCAAUCUACCGAACUUCGUUGCGGCAGCAGCCGCUCCAGGUGGUUGUGCCACAUCUACUGCCCCUGUUGUAGCACAAGGAGACGACACGACCAGCGGUUUUCAUGCAGGAACGCGACCACACGAUCAACCCUUCCCGCGAAGAACUUCGGCGGCGCCGCGGUCUCAGUCCCAGGGCAAUUCGAAGAGCACGAGUGCGCUGCCACCGCCUGUGUUUCCCUCCUUUCUGUUGCAGCAGCAAGGGCACCAGCAUGCACAACUGGGCUUGGCUGCAGGAACAACGUCUGGUGGUUUGUUGAACAUGAAUUUUGGCUGUAAUAUGAUGCACAAAUUUGGCACCCGAAAUAACAUGCCUGCAGAGCAACAACCUCCUCCACGCGCUGGUGCUCCAGCGUCGUCGCAAGAACGAGCCGAACAGAGCCAAAACCAGGGCAGUUUCCAGCUUCGAAAACGAUCCUCGUCGUGGUGCAGUGAGCCGCACCCGGAAAGCAGCGGGUCGGAGCCGGUGCAGCAGCCCAUCCAGGGGUCCGCGGUGUUGACGCCGCGGGAACCGCCAGCACAGGAGGCCAGCGUGAACCAGAGUGUGCAAACGCUCUCCCCGCCAGUGGUGGAGCAGCAGCAGCAGAAUUUUUCCAGGAGUAGUACCGGCGCAGCAAGAAAUCUUCGCGCCGGAGCAGCCAUCGGAGCCGAAAAGGGAAAUGAUGCUGUCGCAGGAGCUCCCGGCGCCGGCACAGCAACUCCUCCGCGGGACAACUACGACGCUAGUGUAGGUCCACAAACCGCCUGUGGAUCUGGAUUCAUCAAGAGCAAAAAGCCUCGGAGUCUACAGCCGCCGCUCCUCGGCGUUGCAACCCCCUUUGCUGCGUUCACAUCUACUUCAAGCGGACCAUCAGACCACUUUCAGGAUGUUGAACACCAAGCGGCAAAUAAUUCGAUGACUCAGAUGGUGCAGCGAGGACAUCAAAACAGGCUGGCUCCGGUUUUCUCCGUACCAGUGCCACCACCAAUGUUCUCAACGACCCGGGGCCGCAGUCCGGGCGCGGGACCAGCACACCGCGGCUUGCUGAAUACAGGGAGGUUUUCGUCCGGGCGGAGCAACCGAAAGUAUCCGGAGCCACCAGUCCCUGUCCCGAUUCAGGAAGAAGAACAACCGGUACUGAACAACCACGGCGAGGACACACCACCAGCGGGCAAAGACGCAACUUCCGCUGGAGAAGAGGACGGUGAUCGGCAGCAGAACCACGCUUCGAGCAGUCUUCCCGCCCCGCGGACCUCGGGCACGACGACGUCGCACCAGAAAAUUCUAAAUCCCGGUACAAGUACCCUGCCGCGGACGCUGCAAAUGCCCGGAGUGCUUCAGAUGCCGUCGCUGUUUGGCGGAACAGCGAAUCCGAAUGCGAAUCUUCCAAAUUCGCGGGGGGCUUCCAAUCCCGUGCUACCAUCGUUUGUCGGAACUGUUUUCAAUAACAGCAAAACGUACCCGACUGCUGGUUUUAACACCAUUGGAAAAAAUAACACGGGUGAACAUCAAGGAAACAACACGUCAUCCAGCUCCUCCUCCAGUUCUUGUUCCAACAGCGCUAGCAGCCGGUCGGAGAGCUGCAGCCGGGCGGCGAGCUCGAACAAAAAAAUGGUGGUGAACGGGAAAAUUAUGGACACGCCCAGCAUCGGAAGCCAGAUCGGAUCGCAGCAGUCCGGGGACACGGUAACAACCCGAUACCGCCAGAUACAGGAAGAAAUGGUGCUCAGGAAUCCACUGGUACUAUGUUACCGAUUGUGACGGUCUUGCAGUUGCAACUCAAACUCCUGUCCUAUUUGAUGUGCACAAGUAGACUCAUCUAAAAACAUCAUAUCAUGUGUUUUUGUUCUUUCAUUUCUGCCUGCUUUGCUGCUCAAACAACGACAUUUAGAAAACAUCUAAGGAAUAAUUUACAAAUUAGGCUUUCGCGCAGAAGUACGGUGCAAAGGCUGCGCCGGAACCCGCACGCCCGUGGUUCGAGGACAAGUCGCGGGAGAGUUUGCAGUCGCGGCUGCAGCACCUGGAAGAGGAGCGGCAGGAGCUAGUGACCGCUUUUCUGAAUCACAAAGACGAAGGGCCGUUGAAGAAACCGGCAAAUGGAAUCGGAAUGAAUCGUGGCACAGAGCAGGUACGAGUAUGCAGAUAGGUACAUUGAUGGCGCCACUCACUGUCUUUUUAUACUUAACACUAUCGCGUUAUUUGUGGUCCUUCUUGAGAGUCUUCACCAUCUUCAGUCGUGGUAGUCAAGCAGAGCCUUAAGAACUCAAUCUAACACUCCCCCCCUCGUCCCGCAGGUCGACUCCAGCUCCUCCCCGGACUUGGAGAGCGGCGGGAACAAGCCUGUGGUCACUCGGGACUGUGUGGAGCGGGCCUUGGAGCUGAAUGGGUCGGAGAUUAUGCGUCUCAAAUACGAACUGAACCGCCGCGACGUUUCGCAGCCACGAGAGCGCGCGGGCGACGCGGCGGCCGCAUCGCCGUUGGAGGCGCAGCCACCCUUCGCCAGCCCGAUGGCACCAGGUGCGAUUUUUUUCUGUUUUCUGCCAACCAAGCUGUUAUAUGGUAUGCUGAUUGUACUUGUAGAGAGUGCUGAUGUAGUAAGUAGUCAGAGGCGCUCUGCUUGUCUGUCACCAUUGCAGUAGUAGAUGCGAACUUCUUAUCAAUCUAUGAAGGUUUCCGCAGCACCAUCGAGUCCGACGGCGAUGGGGUCCGAAAUAUCCUGAAUAAAAACGUCCCCGCCCCUGAGUUGUCUUGCGGAUUUGCAAUGACAGGAACAUUUGUGAUGCGCAUGCCCAUGAUUGGCAUUUGCUAUCGUGUUUUGGGAUUUGUAAUGCUGUAAACAGGAUAAGCACAUGGAUUUGUAAUCUAAUGCGGCUGUGCUUUCCAACCUGCACUACACUACGUACUGCAACUUGUCAUGCGGGACUGACAAAGCUUCUGGAUUUGUGUUGCGAGAGUCCCAUCUUGACUCUGGUGUGGGGACGUUUCCGCUCGGGAUACGAAAGCCGGUCUUCUGGAACACGGAUAAAGCUUUUUUGCGGUCGCCGCGCUCACCCUUGGGAGGCCGUAUGAUUUCAUACUUUUCAUCACUUGUGAUACCAGACAGCACAGAGCUUUCUGAAAGAUCUGAUCGACGCUCACGCUCUUCACGAGGUGUAUAGUGUUUUGUAUUUCGUGCUGCGCACGAGGAGGACUGUGAUCCGACGCAAUGUGGAGCUUCGUCGAUGCAUAAAGAAAUUUCCUACACAACGACCCACCCCCCUCACCACAGUGAUCUCAACUUCUGCGUCGACGUCUGUCGGCCCAUCCACGGUUGUGACCCCGUUCGCCCCGUAUUGCCUGAACGCGCACCAACACCAGCGCCCUUCCUUCACGCCGAUUCCGAUUCCUGCGAGCAGCAGCUGCCACAUGGCUGGUGCAACUACAUCAAGUGGAAUCACCACAGCUGGUGCCCAAAAUCAAGCCAGUAGAACAGUUCCCGUAGCAGCACCCCCUUUCAUCCACCCACCGCAAGAAGGGAAGAACGCUGGAUUUCUGCAGCAACCUCGGCACCAGCAGGGCGCAGGAGCUGUAGCUACGAGCGUGCGAGGACCACCAGAUCGGGGGCUGCAGCGGCAACAAAAUGAGGAGGAAGUAGUCUACCCGAUAAGAGAACAACAAAUAAAGCACGAUGGCAGGAACGACCUCCCUGUCGGCGCUGGGUAUCAUCUUCCCGCUCAGGGAGGAGGUGGAAGUGCAUUUAUUUCGCAACAGGAUGAACGGGCAGAAGCUGCGUACGACUAUUCUAGCAUGGAGGAGGACGAGGGAGAUUUGGCGCUGGACGAAGAAGAAUUUCUUCUCGCGCAAGAAGUAGAGAAACAGCAGUUGUCACCAGCCAGGAAGUUGUACAAUCGCCGUCAACAUCCGCAGCAGUAUGAGCAUAAUAAAACACGACCGGCGGGACCUCAGAGCGACGGGCCCCUUGGCUCCCCCUCCGUAUCAACUGUAAAAAUGUCUGGGUCUGGGAGAAUUCAUGUUUGUCAUGCUUGUCUGGCAUGACUCUUAAAUCUGUCAUGCACGUUGCCCAAGAGCCGCGUUUUUCUGUCAUGCGGAGACGCAGUUUGUCAUGCAGAAUAGGCAACACGUACCUGAACACCUACAAGCUCAGAAAUUUGUCAUGCUGAGCCAGCACUUGUGGCCCCCUCAUGCUGCGCCACUCAGCAUCACAAGUUUCCAGACCCAGACAUUUUUGCAGUUCAUACUCCGAGGAGGCUAGCAACGACCUGGACGUACCGGCCACGAUUCUGAAGAACGCCCUGGAGAUACCAAAUGCAAAAAUGUCUGGGUCUGGAAGAUUGCGAGAUUUGUCAUGCUUAUCUGGCAUGACAAAAAAGUUUGUGAUGCGUGUCCAAGAAGAUACCCUUUUGCCUGUCAUGCAAAAACGCAGUUUCUCAUGCGAAAAACGCAACACAAAGAAGCGCAGAUAUUUCUCAUGCUUGGCUGUGCAUUACAGUGCAUUCACUAUUCCCAACACAGCAUUACAAGUUUCCAGACCCAGACAUUUUUGCAUCUGAUAGGAGAGCUCCGAAGACGAUUCUAGCGAGGUGGCGCUUCUGACGCGACUGCAGAACGGCGAAGACCUCGGCCCAGAAGAGGCGGCGAACGGCCGGCAAAUCCUGCAGUGGAAGCAAAAAUUGGACAUAUGUCGUCAAGUAUGCUGUCGUGCAAAAGUAUUUAUCGUCCCUGUGUAAGUUGCUGUCGUGCAUGACAAAGUUAUACUUUCAACUUUAUCCUCCAGGUCCAGCAUGACAAAUUGCAUUUUCAUCUUUCUUGGAAAAAUUUGUCAUGCAGUUUGUACUAAUGCGGUCAUAGUACUUUUGCAACGCAUACCAGCAGAGCUGCGACGACGACCGGCAGAUGCUGAACGCGUUGACGACCGACGAGUUUCAGCAGCAACAAUACGUGUGCCAGCUGCAGCAGCAAUUGUCAGCCGAGGUGGAGGAAAAGCGGCAACUCCGCCUGGAAUUGGAGACCCGCAUCUCGGCGGAGCGCGAGCGGUCGGCGGUCGAGAAGCGCCGGCUGGUGGGGGAAAAGCGGGCGUUGGAGCGUCGCGUGGCGUGCGAGGAUCUGGAAAUGCGGCGCCGGCUUGCGGAAAUCGAGUCGCGUCUGAUGCAGAUGACCGGCGACCGGUCGCGGCUCCAGAACGACAAAAGCACGCUGCGGGCGUCGCUGGCGCGCAGCCUGCGCAACGUGGAGCAGAUCCGGCAGCGGAUAGUUUCUCUGUCGCAAAUCGAGGGCAAAACGGUGUCGGCAUUGCGGUAUUUGAAGGAGGAAACACCGGGGGAUUAUGUCGAGGGAUUAAUUUCAACUAGUUGUGGGCAGCAAGAGCAACGAGAAGAUGAUAUGUGGAACAAGUACAAUCAGUACAACCCGCAUCAACAUCCAGGCACUUGUGCCAAUCAGUACAGCAAGCUGAAGCCGCAAGUUUUUGUCGUCGGUGCAGGAGCUCCCGGAAAUAAUGGACAAACUCAACACCAACUUCAGCCGGCGGGGGCCAAAUACAACCACGCGGCCAAGAUAAACAACUACGCUGCACAGCAGCAGCAGCCGCAAAUCAUUUCUCCCGCGACCAUGCCGCCGUCGACCGUUUUGCCCACGCCGCCGGGGCAGGGCGGCAUUUAUAAUUUCCAACACACGUCGUUGACCACUUCCCCUCUGCCACCGCCGCUCGUCCAGCCGGUCGUGGUAAAAACCCUGCAGUCGCCGUUGGCAGCUGCUGCCGGGGGGAAAAAUAACAAUCAAGCUGCUUUUUUUCCCGCACAGGGAGGGGGCACAAGUUCCGUUCCACGCCUCGGAGUUAGCCCGCAACUGAAGUUCACGCCUGGCUCUACUGCACAGCCUGCGACCACUGCUCGUGCAGUUCCUGGAAAAUCAGCAUCACAAGGUGUUCAACAAGUUCCAAACUUUGUCACCAGUUUGGCGCCCCCCAAAAUCGGUGCAGUUCCUGCGGGGAAUUUUCCGGAAGAACAAGCCGCAUCUGGUGCAAAGAAGCCGUCCAUUGGCGGGCCUGAAGCUCCUGCGACGGAAAGAACAUCAUCCCAACACCAGCAACCAAAGCUAACGAGCGCGACCUUGGCAAAACUGCAGCGGAACCAUAGCGAAAAUUUAUUGCAGUAUAAUGAGGAUAAUGUUGACACAGCAGGUAGUACACAACAACAACCACGGCUGCUGGUACAGCAAAAUGCGAACAAUAAUGCACCCCAAGGUUGUUCACCCGGCAAUGAACAAGGGCCAAAUAGUAAUAACUACCCGGCCAACGAAGUGCGGCGGUUUCGUACGUCCGGGGAAGAUAUGAAAUGCAAAAGUGUCUGGGUCUGGAAACUUGUGAUGCUAAAAUGUGGAUGAUGGAAACAGUUCCGAAUGCAACACAGCAUGGCGACUGUUCAGAACGCUUUCUCAUGGGAAAUCCGCAUAAGACACUGCGUUUUUGCGUGUACAACAGAGGCUGCGACUUUUGUUGGCUAUGCAAUACAGAUUUCCUAGGUAUGGAGAGCUAGCAUUACAAGUUGCAACCUUCCAGACCCAGACAUUUUUGCGUUUGAUAGAAGAAGAACUGAGCCAGCUCGACGACGUUCUGGAGAAGGCAAAGCGGCUACAGGAGAAGGUCCAGCGAUCGCAAAUGAACAAUUCGAGCUUCUUUGAGAUCGAGGAGGGAGAGGGCCGCAACAUCACUGAAAGUGAAGCGGUCGGUCGAGGUGCCGCGCUGCUGGGUCAAGAGGAGCAGCAGGACAAGAGGUAGUGUGUAGCUUUAUUGUGUAGAACUGAACAGAUGAAGAGGAAGAGCUGAUCGUGAUCCUGAUGCUGAUGUGAUAAAUGUCGAAGCUGUCGUGAGGACGCAAGAUUUGCAUGGCUGGUCUAUCUUCCAUGGAAACUGAAAGUCGGCUUGUUUUCAUACUUGGCACAGCAGGUCUGGAAAAUGAAGGCAGAACAAGCACCACUUGCACUUGGCACCAUCUUCAACAAACUCAUUCUUCACCAGGUUUUUUGAAGAGGAAGAAGGCGAGUUGAGCCGCAUCAGUAUGGAACAAGAGUUACCACACAGAAAAAAACUGGCAGGUCAUAUUUGUAAUGCAAAAUACAAAUAGACAAAAAAACCUGUAUUGCAUAUCCCAAAUAGCAUGCUAUGAGGCCGCCCAUGGCAGAUUUUUCUGUGUAUUUUGCAUUACAAAUAUGCCCUGCCAGCUUUUUUCUGUGUGAUAAGAAUCUAUCGUCUUUGACUUUCCCCCGCCGGCGCAGCCGAUUUUGGAGUCCGGCUUCCGGAGUUCUGAGCAGAUGGACAACUAUGCGUGCCCUGCCACCGCCGGGCCACGUCCGCUGCGAGAAGAGCACGAAGCAGAGCCCUUGCACCUCCCAGCCAUCGCGGUUGGGGUUGCGACGUUGGAAAAUAACAGCGAUAUUAAAAACGGGCACAAAUCAUGCGGCGAAGAUCAACAAGAACUUCUCAAGGCCCAAGACAAUGUAGACGCACAGGAGCCCGGUCGUGAUACUGCUGAUGAUGAUCCCCCGGCCAAGCUGACCAAGUAUCCAGGGAAAAAAGAUUGUAGGUGAAACUUUCUUGGACGAGUAGCAUGACAAAUAUCUUUGUUUCGCAUGACAGCAAAAAAUUGCGCAGAUAGUACGGGAAAACGCCGCUGAAUGGACCCUAGAAUGCAUGCCCAGCAUGACAGGCGCAAUUAAUUUGCAUGUUGCGCAUCACAAAUUUACACUAACAGCCUUUUUUUCUUGGAUACCAAGGUGCGGAAGCGCACGAGCCAGAUCGUGAAGAAGGGCCCGCUGUGGAACAUCUCGUGGCAGCAGAACAAGCAGCGAAACAACACCGACAAUGGUCUGUCCGCCCGGCCCCGGUUGUCCACGACGUCCCAGGCCCGGAGUGCAAGCCGGUCGAGGUACGGCGACGACUCAAGCGACGGAAAGUCAGACGAUGACUCAUCCUCCCCCAGCCCGGCGCUGAAGCGGAAACCGUGGCAGCCGCCGUCCAAAAUCCACCUCGCAGCUGCGAAUAUUAAGCCUCAAGUCGCUUCGCGGCACGCGCACCUCGACUCUACUUCCGAAGAAGAUGAGGAGGCGGACAACCGGGCGCGGGCGGCGCUGUGGCGCACGUCUUCUGCGAAUGCGGCGACCACGAGGAGGGCGGCCGGUGCAGAUUAUAACAGCAAGAGGGGCGAUAGUUCAUCACCUACAAAAAGUCUGAACAAUUUUCAGGGCGGUCGUGGUGGGUUGUUUUCAUCGCGAGCAGGUGGAGCUGCCAACAAGAUUACCGGGAUGAACAAGAAGAACCUCUCCUCCAGCGCAAUCAGCUCCGAUUGGAAGUCCACGCCCGAACUGCAAACCCCCGAUACGGACGACAGUUUCAAGCUGCGAAGGGGGUUGCGCAGCCACAACCUACUGCGCAAAUUCAAUCGGCAGAUCAGCGACAGCUCGUGAAAGAAAAAACCUGGAUUUCUUCUUGUUGGGGCCGAGUUUGUGUACGCGAAGAAAUGUACUAUGUUGACAUGAUGAUCCAUCGGUCAAUAGUUCUAAAACUUUCCCAGUUCGGCGUUCUACUCUCAGGAUGGAGGGGGCUCGUAGAAGUAUAGAACAAAGUACAUAGUAUAGAAGAGUGCGUCAGAUUUUUACCAAUAUUUGAGAAGAUUUGCUUUGAUUAAUUAGUAUUAGAUUGUGGAAAGCGAUAUGAUCGUAAAAAUCGUCUGAUCUAUGUUACCACCGGAAAGUAACGAAACACGGGCAGAUAUUGUAGCGAUUGGAAUUCGGAAUUUGGAAUGUUGUAGAUUAUCGCGAUUAAGAUUGUUGUCAACACGAAGGAUUUUAUCUUAGGGCCUUGAACUUUUGAUGCCUUGCCCGGGCACGGAAAGAAAGAAACUCUGCAGCUGGAAUUGAUAUGUGCAAGUAUAGAAAUUUUUACGACAGCCGAAUGUGAUUUCUUGCAAGACGAAGUGUAGUUUAGUUUGUGCUGUGGUGCUGAUCAGGGAAUAAAUUCGUUUGCGGGUUUUUUGAGAACGUAGAAUUCGUAUGAGUUGUCAUCGAGAGUCUAAGUAGCAGAAAGUGAAAGUCGUGUAUAUGUUUGCAGCGACAAUGAUCAAGAUUUUUUUAGCGCAUUUGCUUUCGAGUAUGCUUUUUUUUUGAAUUAACAGAGUUGAUCCGAAGCCGAUGGAAAGGGCUUCGUAAAGCCAAUUUUUUAUCGUGAGUGUGGUGAAAAAAUGUAUAGGGAAAACGAUGUUCAGUACUGUGGCUGCAAGAAGAGUAAGAAUGACACUGUAUGGAUACGCAAAUGUGUGAGAUUUUCGUUUUAGCAGGAAUCAAAUGACUUUGUAGCGGAAUCAUGAUAAAGCAUGCAGUAGAUGAGUUCGAGCGUGUUGAAGGACAU